AUGGGAUUUAGCAUUAUGAUCGGUUUGGCAGGAUUAUCAAUGGGUAUUUAUUCAAUCGUUCGUUUAUCCAAAGAUAAUAGUACACAAGGGACUAGUUCGCUUGGAUACCGUUGGUAUACAGCAGGAACUACCGUUGCUGGUACUGGAUCUUCUACGAGUCCACUAUCUUCUCGACUCUAUGGUCCCAGGAAGAUAUGUUUUGGUGCAACCAGUUUGCUUUAUAUUGCCGAUGUGUACGAUAAUAGAAUUCAAGCAUGGAAAGUUGGUGAUUCGACAGGAACAACUGUAACCGGCGGAUCAAAUGCAGUGGCAGGCAAUACAUCAACUGAUUUGAACAACCCUUUUAGCGUUUAUGUAGACUCGAAUAAUAAUACUUAUGUAGCUGAUACCUACAAUCAUCGGAUUCAAUUUUGGUCUAGUGGAGCACUAAACGGAACAACACUCAUCGGUACCGGUGUAAAUGGUUCUGCACUGAAUCAACUAAACUAUCCUCGAGAUCUUACCUAUGAUUCAUCUUCGAACAUUCUUUACAUAUCAGACACUGACAAUCAUCGGAUUUUAAGUUAUACAUCAGGUGCAUCCAACGGUAUUGUAGUUGCUGGUGGUAAUGGACCAGGUACGACGUACAAUCAGUUAUUCAGUCCAGAUGGUAUUUAUUUUGAUUCAUCGUCAAACAGUUUGUAUAUUACCAACUUUGGUGCUCAUACAAUCGUCCGAUGGAUUGUCGGUUCUAGUGGAUGGACACUUGUGGCAGGAUCUAUUGGUUCUGCUGGUAGUACAUCAACAUUGCUAAAUAGUCCAUCAGACGUCUUACUUGAUUCGAAUGGUAACGUCUAUGUAGCUGAUACAGGCAAUCAUAGGAUACAGUUUUUUCUUUCUGGUCAACGAAAUGCAACGACUAUUGCUGGUGUCACAGGAACUGUUGGCAAUUUAUAUACUUUACUGAAUUCUCCACGUUCAUUAGACCUGGACAAACAAUUAAAUCUUUAUGUAUCGGACACAGGCAACAAUCGCAUACAAAUGUUCACUCGAUAUUAA